GCCCAAAUUUAAUUUCCUACCAAAAUGGCAAAAAACAACAGUUUCAUCAACUAACUAAUUAGCAUGACUACAAAAAGCACCGCCGGAGAAAUCGACGAAACCACAUCUCCGGCCACCGGAAUUGACGAGUCCGACGAGUCUACACCGUUAUUACCGUUACGGAGUACCGAUUGGAGGCCUCGUUGGUCGCAAACGAAGGUUCCUGAAAUUGAGAUCAACCUUUUUCGGCGCGGUAGAGGUCCGAUCGACUCUUUUAAAUCGAGUCUCGGCGGUUACGAACAAGAUCAAAUCAAAGUUCGAGAGAUUCUGGAGAAGUACAAUUUUAAAGCUAUUUAUGCGUUUAAUUCGGCGACUGGACGUGGCGCUCCGAUUAGGUUUUAUCCGAGAAAUGGAUUGUCGAUGAUUCCGUACACUGAUGGUGCUGUUAUUGCAAUUGACGGAGAACCUAAGGACUCCUUGGUCAAUCCAAUCAGCAGAAUAGUACUAGGAGUGGCAGUUAUAACGCUUCUAAUAGUAUUUGUUAUGAAGGAGACUCCACAAUGGGCGCAAAAGUUGAACUUCUCAGGUGGUUAUCUCCCUUCGUGGAUCUUAGCUUUAGUAAUCAUCAUCCUUACUCGCUUUAGAAAGAGAACUAAGGACUUUCUGGCAAAAUAUGGCUGGUGAAAAGUUGCAGUAGUCCUGUGAGAGCAUAAUUACCCAGCAGUUCUGACUCGAUGGGAAUAUUAAUGGUAUGCAACCGCAUAAGAUCUUCUUUUUAUGCCUGUAAUGUUGGGUUUGAUUAAUUUAUGCCUGGUAGCUUACCUCACAUAUAUGUAAUCAUAAGCGCUGCAGCUGCAGAUGGUUAAUUUAUCUUUAUUUGCCGGUUCAUAUUUUGGUUGUGGCACUUUUUUUUGUAUUAUAGGAAAGCUUUUAAAUUUUGUGACAAUACUUUCCCUUUUGUUAUUCCCUUUCUAUUGCAAAAGCUGUAUCUUAAAAUUACAUUCA